AUGUCCACAAGACGAAGGCAACAAGUCUACCGCUUAUGGAUUAUGGAUAUACCAGAGCUCCACGUACACAUCAACCGCGACAGGGCCCAAGAUUGGUUCACAUGGGCUAAUCAUCUAGAAGAAGGGACAUCUUUUUUUGUUCAUGCCAUGGCCCAAGCAGUAUGGCAGGUAUACGAAGACGAAUCUUUUUCGACCACUGUUGGUCCACGUGUAUCCAUUUUGCAGUUUCUCAAAGGAUUGAGCCUGGGUGACCGCCUGCGUGAAAAUCUUACCCGUGUCAUUGAUUCACGUCAGAAAUGGGCCUCCUCUAAGGACGUACUCGAAACCCUCACGCUCGAGUUGUCGACUGAUCAGUGGCUAUGGCAGCAAAUGCACGAUGAACCCAUCCAUAGCAGCUUGUCUGUAGCUGUUCUGUCGCGAUACAAGCCGUUGUAUCAGGCGCAGUUAAACGGGAGAGAGGUAUUUCUUUGGAAAAAUCGGUCGCUUGCUCUUCAUUGGGCAAGCCCUUUGGGAGUCAACUAUAAAUUCGUACUGCGCGCUCCUAAAUCCAGUCAAAACGAGACCUUCCUCGAGCAACCCCUCGUUCGUAAACACCCUCGAAUUAGCAUCGUCAGAGCAUGGACUCGUGACCUUCUGCACACCCACAAAACAUCUCAGAUGAUGAAGAACCUGGCACAUCUCUGUCGGAUCUCGGAGAAGAAGAAGAUCCAGGCUCGAGACCGUGAAAGGAUUCAGAGAGAAGGGAAGGAUGUCAAGAUUGCGGGUACGGAGUUUCGAAUACAACUUUUAUGGCCAAGGAGCGCACACCCAUCAUGUUAA